UGUGGAAGUUGCAGAACUUGUCAGGUAUUAUUGAGUCAGUAUACAUGUACUGUUGAUGUCCCAAUGCUUAAGGUAUUACUGAGUCAGUAUACAUGUACUGUCGAUGUCCCAAUGCUUAAGGUAUUAUUGAGUCGGUAUACAUGUACUGUUGAUGUCCCAAUGCUUAAGGUAUUACUGAGUCAGUAUACAUGUACUGUUGAUGUCCCAAUGCUUAAGGUAUUAUUGAGUCAGUAUACAUGUACUGUUGAUGUCCCAAUGCUUAAGGUAUUACUGAGUCAGUAUACAUGUACUGUCGAUGUCCCAAUGCUUAAGGUAUUAUUGAGUCGGUAUACAUGUACUGUUGAUGUCCCAAUGCUUCAGGUAUUACUGAGUCAGUAUACAUGUACUGUUGAUGUCCCAAUGCUUCAGGUAUUAUUGAGUCAGUAUACAUGUACUGUUGAUGUCCCAAUGCUUAAGGUAUUACUGAAUCAGUAUACAUGUACUGUUGAUGUCCCAAUGCUUAAGGUAUUACUGAAUCAGUAUACAUGUACUGUUGAUGUCCCAAUGCUUAAGGUAUUAUUGAGUCAGUAUACAUGUACUGUCGAUGUCCCAAUGCUUCAGGUAUUACUGAGUCAGUAUACAUGUACUGUUGAUGUCCCAAUGCUUCAGGUAUUACUGAGUCAGUAUACAUGUACUGUCGAUGUCCCAAUGCUUCAGGUAUUACUGAGUCAGUAUACAUGUACUGUUGAUGUCCCAAUGCUUCAGGUAUUACUGAGUCAGUAUACAUGUACUGUUGAUGUCCCAAUGCUUCAGGUAUUAUUGAGUCAGUAUACAUGUACUGUUGAUGUCCCAAUGCUUCAGGUAUUACUGAGUCAGUAUACAUGUACUGUUGAUGUCCCAAUGCUUAAGGUAUUUUUGAGUCAGUAUACAUGUACUGUUGAUGUCCCAAUGCUUCAGGUAUUACUGAGUCAGUAUACAUGUACUGUUGAUGUCCCAAUGCUUCAGGUAUUAUUGAGUCAGUAUACAUGUACUGUUGAUGUCCCAAUGCUUCAGGUAUUACUGAGUCAGUAUACAUGUACUGUUGAUGUUCCAAUGCUUCAGGUAUUACUGAGUCAGUAUACAUGUACUGUUGAUGUCCCAAUGCUUCAGGUAUUACUGAGUCAGUAUACAUGUACUGUUGAUGUCCCAAUGCUUCAGGUAUUACUGAGUCAGUAUACAUGUACUGUUGAUGUCCCAAUGCUUCAGGUAUUACUGAGUCAGUAUACAUGUACUGUCGAUGUCCCAAUGCUUCAGGUAUUACUGAGUCAGUAUACAUGUACUGUUGAUGUCCCAAUGCUUCAGGUAUUACUGAGUCAGUAUACAUGUACUGUUGAUGUCCCAAUGCUUCAGGAAGGAACCAUCGUUGAUGUGACUUCUACUGGGAGCCAUCGGUCAAUAGAAUUCCAAACAGCAGGAUCUGUAAAAUCAUCAAGUUUGGACCUGACGGGACAACAAGGGACUGAAGGUGCUGCUGCUGUCUUCAUAGCCCGACAAAGGUGGAGCCGUGUUGACGAGCAGUCUAGUGCACCAAAUAUAGGCUCUCUCGUUGAUAGAAUCUCGGCCUGGUUGAUGCAUGAUCUUAGAGCAAGAAACUCCAUGAUUAGCUUUGUACUUCAGAUUGGGCAUGACACCCUAGGUUCCAUGUGGUACUAG